AUGGUGAAAACGCGAUGGUACGAUGGUUAUAAUGUGAUGGCACUACGUGGGUUUAAAGAAAAGGAAUGUUUCUUCGUUAUUGACAAAUAUUCAGAGACAGCGGGAGAAACAUCUCGAAAGAGAAACACAUCGGCUGUGAACAAGGAUCUAUGCAAACAUAAUGCAACGUACACUCCUAUUUUCCCGUACAGAAAAACGAAAUUUGUUGAAAAUAUUUUUGACAAGGAUACAUUGAAAUUUCACAAUCACUUUAAGAAUCCAUGUUUCGCCCAAACGCAACGAUGCAAAGUUUCUGACGGAACGGUGACCGAGCAGCAAAGAUUACGUUGUAUUCCAUAUUUCUACAUAAUUGGCUUUCCUAAAUGUGCUACUACAGAUCUUUGGGACAGACUUCUACUUCAUCCUCAUAUUGUUGCCAAACACGACAAAGAGUCCCAUUAUAUAGACGAUAAACGUUUCAACAAUCAAUGGUCUUUUGACAAAUACUUGGAUUACUUUUCAUUAACCGCCGAUGCAAUAUCUGAGCUCUGUGAGAAUAUACUGGACAGAGGCGACACUCAGUGUAAUAUCAUUACUGGUGAAGCUACAGCCAAUACUGCCGCUGUAAACGACUUGUGGUACAUGUUACCAGAGAACAAAGGAUGCACAGAACCCAGGAUUACCAACCCAGACUACCUGUACAACAUCAACCCAGAAAUGAGGCUUAUUGCAUUGAUCCGUGACCCCGUGGAGAGACUGUGGUCGGAUUACCUCUAUUUGGCGAAAUAUUUCAAUUAUAAAACCAGUCCAGAAUCAUUCCAUCAACAUACUGUUGAUGCCAUUGCAAUUUAUGACGACUGUCUCAAAUAUUUUACUCACAGGGGAUGUGCUUAUAAUGAGUCCAUCGGAUCCAUCCAGAUGCGUCUACGGAUGGGAAUUUACGACAUUCAUGUUAGUGAUUGGCUGAGAAUUUUUCCAAGGAAACAAUUAUUGAUUGUUCGAACUGAGGAUUACAAGAAGAACACAUCCGUUGUUCUCCAACGUGUUUUCGAGCAUCUUGAUAUUGAUUUUCCGUCUAAGGAAAUCUACGAACAAAUGAUAAUGAAGUCAGAGAAAAAUGUCAACAUCAAAAGUAUGGAUAUGUUGAGCGAAACCAGAGAGAUAUUAUACAAGUUUUACGCACAGUCGUACGAAAAUGUUGCAUCCAUUUUACAAGACUCGAACCUUGUGCUAAAGAAACCGGAUGGAUGAUUAGCCAACAGUUAUUAAAGGACACAGUUAUGAAGCUUUUUGAUAAAGCUGAAUGUUUUAGAGAAAUCUCGCAAAUACCCAGACUUGUAUCAAUAAUAUGCACAAUAAGACAAAUAAUCCGGACUUAUAUCACUGAUAUUCAAAGUAAAACAAAUGUUCUAGACUGGAAUCACUGAUUUACAAAGUCAUGACAAAUACACUAGACUGGUAUCACUUAUAUGCAAAAUAAAACAAAUAUUCUAGACUGGUUUCACUCAUCGGAUAUGCAAAGUCAUGACAAAUGCAAUAGUCUAGACUGGUAUCACUGAUAUGAAAAACAAAACAAAUAUUGAAGACUGAAAUCACUGAUAUGCAAAGUAAAACAAAUAUUCUAGACUGGUAUUACUGAUAUGCAAAGAAAGACAAAUAUUUCGGAUUUGUACUACUGAUAUGUACAACAAGUCAAUUACUCCAGACUAGUAUCACUAAUAUGCAAAAUAAAAUGCGACCCGUUAUUUGUUCCAUUACUGACUUGCCAAGGCUGUUUGAGAUAUUGACAACUGAUAUUAAUUUUUUUCCCGACAAAAUCACAGUUUUAGAUAUAUUAUUUUGAAAUCAGCACUAUAUCAAGGUCAGUAUAUCACUAUAUUCAUCCUUGAUGACAUCAACGAAAUAUUUACCCGUUUUAUGUGGUACUCUUUUUCACAGCGCAAAAUGACGUUCGACGGUAUGACGUUAUAAUCGUGACGUACAAAUAGUGAUUUUGUUGCAUGAUAAUGUCACCAUUUCAGUUUUCUUUGUUUGCUAGGAAAACAAAUCCGGUCGUGUUAGAAUUUUUGUCGACAGACUAAUGAUAAUGCAAACGUUAGAAUCAAUAACUGUGGGAACACCUGAAGGACGUGCAUGCACGUGUUCGAUAGUUCCUAACAUAUACGCUGAAUUUAGAUCAAUUUGAAAUAAAAUAAUUUCAAUUUAUGCACUUCAUAAUAGCUGUACAUGUUUCUCUAUUUUUUUUUAUUUUUUUUGUUGGUUCUGUGCAAUAAGUUUAUUUGUUCAAUUCCUUUCAAAGUCUGCUUUCCAUUUCUGGGUAAUUUACAUGUUACAUAUACAAAAAAAUAUCACGCUAAUGUACACACUAUGGGCUAUAUCAGCAAAGUCUUUGUGUCGUUUUUACAGUGUAAAUGUGUUCUACAGGCGGAUUAUUCUAAACAUUACCUACCAGCUGCUGGUAAUCACUUGCAUGAAUGGGCAACUCUUUUGUUCAUUAUGUGAAAAAAUAAAUAAAUGAACUGGUACUAAAAGUAUACAAAUAUACCCUGUGGUUCUUUACAUUCCCGAAGUUCUAACUGGGACUUGUUUCUCCGCUUUACGUUAAGUGUAAUAAGAACUAAUGUUAUAGAUUGUAUGGCAUAGAGCUACUGAAGUGCAAUGGGGCAGGAAAAAAAAACACGACAAUUCUGUUUACAAAUGUCUAUGCAUUUAAGCAGGGUCAAAUUAAACUGACUCUUUGAAUAUCAGACAUUCUUUUUAAAAUAUAAACCGUUUUGUCAACUUUUGUUUACUUUGUAAUAUAUUCGUCAAUUUACCAAUCCAAAUUAAUGUAAAGUUAUUUCAUUUAUAAAUCUCACCUUCGUUAUCUGAAAUUGACAAUAGCUUAAAAAUAAUAAGAAAUUAAAACAUUUUUUGUAAGAUUUUGAAAUAAACUUUUAAAAUCACAAUUCCGUAUUUGACUACGAGAUUUUUUCCUAUACAGUAUUUACGAAUUUAUUCAGUAAGAUAUCAAUCCCUUUGGAUUUUGUACUUACUGAUUUGUAUAAAACAGAGUUGUUUUUAAUUAAAUUUUUUUUUUAUUUUUUUUAUUAAUUUACUAAUUUAGACAAUUUUUAUCAAGAAAUGUUUGUUGUAAAUUCAAAACAAUUUAAUUUCGAUGCUAUAUUUGCAAAUGAUUACAUUAUACGAUACGUGAUUAAAAAGUAUAACUACUUCACUUUUAGCCUGUUAAAUUUCUAAAAUGGACUAGUCUAUCAUUUAAUUUGGGCAGUACCAUUUACUAUUUGAAGGAAUGUUCACCGAAAAAUUACUUUCUGAAUGGUGAACAGUGCAGACCAUGAUCAGGCUACAGGGAUGUGCAGGUUGAUCUUGGACUGCACUGGUCGCAAAGGCAGAACCAUUUGCCACCAGCAGGCUAAAAGUUAAGAAUCUUAUUUUAAUAGGCCUCUUGCCGUAGAUGGACGUACUAAUAUUUAUUGACAAUGCAAUAUCGCAUUUCAGUUAUAUUGGUUCUAUCAUUUACCUGUUUAUUUACUUCUGUUUUGGCAGAUGAAGCCCUGAUCUUGAACUUACAAUGCAAAUUAGUCAUUCGAUUGAAAUUGGACCAAUCGUUUUGUGUCCGAUUUAACGAGUAUAACCCCAAGUAAACAAAUGGAGCGUUGCCACUAUGCCUAUAUUCGUACUAUGUAUGAUUGAUAUUAUUAGCGGGUUUAGAGAAAGGAAAUGUUUCUUAAUUACAGAUAAACUUUCAUAUGCAGCAAGGGAAACAUUUUGUAGAUGUGAACAUAUAUCUUAGCAAAUACAAUCGUACACAUACUCGAAUUUCUUUUUCCCUUUUUAUGUUCACAGAAUACAAGUGCAGACUUGA